GAGGCAGCAAAUAAAACCAAUGUUUAACCUAAUAAAACCAGCAAAAAUUAUGAUUGAUUUAUUAAGAAAGAUUUGCAUUUUAUUUCCCUCUUCAUUACAUUUUUUCUCUGGUAUUUUCCCCUUCCUAGAUCCAUAUUCAAUUUAAUGCUAUAUAUUAUCCCAUUUCUUGUCCCAUUCAGAAGGACACCUACAGCACACAUUCUGUUUCCACUGAUUAGGGAUUUGUACUUAUCUGGCCAAGCUUUUCCACUUGGAAGCAAGAGGAAUCAGCUGGAAAUUCAAACAACAAACCCAAAGCAAACCACAAGUGAGUCCAGCCCAAUGGAGGCACCUGCAGUGAUUUAACAUAAAAAUCUUGAGCCUGCCAAGAAUUUUUAAAGUCCAUCCUCAACAAGGACAAUGCUGAUGAGAAAUUGGACCUGUGACUGUUCCAGGAAAGCCUCCCAGCAGUGCUCCAGCCACACCACCGCCAGAUGCUGCUGGAUGUCCUGAGCUGCAAUAACCCGAGCGUGGCUCACUGUUCUUCAGAAAACUCCUUUGGAUGAGCUCAGUGAUCCAGCUUCAAUGCUACAGGUUUUACCUUAUAAAUUCUACCUAACAAAGAUGAAACAUUUCUCCACUCUACUUGCAACAGAACCAACUUCCAAAGGGAUUUCACAUUAACAACUAAAACACAAACGGGAAUGAGCAUAAAAGAGGGAAGAGAUCUUACAAGCCAAGUCCUGAUCUCCCAAUCUCGUGGACAGAGGCAACUAAACUUCCACAGGUGACACCAGCGACUUGGCAGCGAGCUGGAGCUUUGAAGGCUCUUUCUCCCAGAGGGGUAGUUAUGAGAGAAGACAGGAUUUUCCCUCUCUCAUUGCAGUUUUACAGAUAAGAGAAACACCAACCAGAAAACAUCAGUGUAGAUCUGUGGCUACCACCCCAUGGAAGCUGGGCUGCACUUCAGGCUGUGUGUGAGGAGACUGUGGAGCCUGCCAUUCCCAGAUCCUUGUCCAGGGAAUGCUGCUGAGGAUGUGGUAAUCCCAGCAGAGAUGGGAAACCUCAGAACGGGAAGUUUGGAUAAUUUGGAAAUCCCUGGAGUUGUUUCCUGCUAUGGAAGUUGUCAGAGUGAAGCUGCAAGGGACAGGGAGAGAUCAGCUGCAAUGACAGAGCACUGGUGUCUCUGUGGAAGAGGGGAUAUCAACCAGAAGCUGCAAGAGGAUAACCAGGAGCUGAGGGACCUGUGCUGCUUCCUGGACGACGACCGACAGAAGGGCAAGAAGGUGUCCCGGGAGUGGCAGCGGCUGGGCAGGUACAGCGCCAGCGUGAUGCACAAAGAGGUGGCCCUGUACCUGCAGAAGCUGAAGGAACUGGAGGUGAGACAGGAAGAAGUGGUUAAGGAGAACCUGGAGCUGAAGGAGCUGUGCGUGCUGCUGGAUGAGGAGAAGGGUGGCGGGGCCGGGAGCCGGAGCUCCAUCGACAGCCAGCUCAGCCUGUGCCAGCUGACGGCGCCCAGCGCCUACAUCCGAGACGUGGGGGACGGCAGCAGCACCUCCAGCACGGGCAGCACCGACAGCCCCGACCACCACAAACACCACCCCAGCACCAGCCCCGAGCACCUGCACAAGGCUCGGGGGGAAGGCAGCCCCGAGCACCAGAAGCACCGGAGCAUCAGCCCCGAGCACCUGCAGAAGCCCCGCGGCUCCGGCAGCCCCGACCACCACCUGAAAGGGCCCAGCCCCGAGCACCACAAAGCCGUGGUCAAAGUCCCCGACCCACAAAAGCACAGCAGCAGCAGCCCAGAAACUAUCCCAAAGCACGUGCUGAGCAGUAGCCCCGAACACUUUCAAAAGCAGAGGCCUGGUGGCAGCCCUGAGCACCAAAAGCACAGCGGUGGCAGCCCGGACCACCUGCAGAAGCACACGCCGAGCGGGAGUACAGAACACCUGCACAAGGUGAGGGGCACCAGCCCAGAGCACCUCAAACAGCACUAUGGAGGCAGCCCCGAGCACCUCAAACACCUCAGCGGAGGCAGCAGGGAAGGGACCCUCAGGAGACAAGUGACAGAGGACCUGUCCCCUCACCACAGGAGUAUUUACAACGGAAUGAAUGAAUCAACCUUGUCCUAUGUUAGGCAGCUGGAGGCCAGAGUAAGACAGCUGGAGGAGGAAAAUCGCAUGCUGCCCCAGGAGCCCGGUAGGAUGCCCGGCGGGGCGGAGGGGCGGCCCUGCCCUGCCCAGCCAGCCAGCGUGGGGGGACACGGCCCGGGGGGACACGGCCCGGGGGGACACGGCCCGGCCUCUGCGCAGCCUGACUCAGUGGUAAAUGCUCUGAAGGUUGUGUGGAGGAAACUUGGAGAUGCUGCAGGGUCGUGCCCUGGAAUUAGGCAACACUUGUCAGGAAAUCAGUAUAAAGGACCCAUGUAAUGGCCUCUCUGAAGAGCAAGAGUUCGAAGUGCCCACGAGAGGGAAGGAACUGGCUGUCCCCCGAUUCCCGCUGACGACGGGGUGUCUGGAUGCGCUGCACGAUCCUCAGCUGGACACCAGAGCUGCUGCCCGGGGGGCUGCCCGUGCCGGCAGCGUCCCCUCCUGCUGUUCCAAUCGCCUGCCUAGUGACACGCUGCACCCUCGCUGCAAACACACCACCUUUAGGAGCACUGAGGUACCUCCAUCCCAACUCCACAGAUACUUGGGAUUCUGCAGGAGCUGCGCGAAAUAAGUUUUAUUUUGGUUAGUUACGGCGAGUCUCUGAUAGGCCUGAACGAGUUUCCCGCUGGAUUUGAGAGAGGUUUUUCCACCAGACUGGAGAGACGUGGAUAAACUGUGCCUUUGGUCUCCGCAGUUCUGAGAAAGUCGCUUCUUAGUAACUCCCCCUUCAGUCUGUAAAGGACCCGUUAAUGGUGCUUAGGCAAUUCCCAGGUGAUUUCUUUGCUUUGGUAGAAUAACCUGCCUUUGGAGGUGCUAAAAGACCAUAAAGUCCUAACCAGCCAGUAGUGUAGCAUUAACUACAGUCCUUGUAGUGAUCCACAAUUUCUUUCUAAAGGAAAGUCACGGUAGCUUUCUCUUGAUGCAGGGGUGUUGGCAGCCCUUUAGUGAACAGAAUACUUAGGCAUCACUAUCACAGGUCUCAGAUCAGAAUCUCCAUCAGAAUUUCUUUUGGAAAGUAUUUUCCAGUUGUCAGGAUGCUAAUUUCUAACUGUUUAAUUUAGAGACAUGCUGGUUUAUUUAACAAGAGCCUAUAAGGAUCUAAAAGAUUGCACUGCAUUAUUAAAAAAAAAAAGCUUUCCUUGCCACCGUAGAGUUCUUUCAAAGAAAAAGGGUUUUAUUAUCCUCAGAGCAUGUCUUUCAUUAUUAGGAGGCAGAAAGCUCUUGUUCAGAUUGCCUGAGAUGUGACCAGACGGCGCCCUAGAUGUGCUUAGUUUAUUUUUAUCUCUGUGUAUGACACUAGUCGUGUGUAUUGAAUUACAACAUAGGUAUUUUGUGUAUAUCUAAGAGCAACGAUAGUUUCAUGUAUGAAUGUGCAACAGGCUUGUGACUGAAUGGCUGUUGCUUAACUUUUUACCAUAGCUGAGCGUCAAAAAGAGACUAAUAAAAAACAAUAAUAAUAAUAAUAAAAGGAAAAAAAAUAGGAAUGCAACAAUUCCUGGGUUUCUGGUUUGUUCUUGGUUGCGAAGGUUUGAGCCAAAGCGAGAAGCUCUGUUUUCUCUGGGCUUGGACAUCCUGUACCCGUGGGCUGUUUGCCGUGGAAUGUAGCUCGGUUGCUGUACAAUCUUCUGUUAUAUAGCUGAUGUAAAUCUGCUACCUGUCUUCAGCCAAACUGUGUUAAUUUGCAGCAGUAAUUCUGUUGGGUUCUGUUGUUAUUUCCACUUGGUACCAUUGGAUGUAAGGCCUCUGAUCCAGCGUUGCUUUCUCGGGCAAAGCUCCCGUUCACUCCUCCUCCUUGAGUUGGGAAUGCAGAAUCCAGCCUUCUGUUUGAAACAUGGCACUCCUGCGUGAUUCCUGACACAGAACCCAGCCCAGGCAGCUGUGUGUUAUCUUCCCACGUUGUUUUCUCCCACUGCAAUUGUUGUAUUCCUAUCUCUGUGUGUAUGAACAGCUGUGACACCUGUACUUGUGCCUGCAGGGGCUCCUCGAGGGACACUGGUCUUUUGACACUUCACUUGUGUAAAUUUUGAUACUGUAUUAAAACUAUUUUUUUACAGUUCUGCAUACGAUGGGGUAUCAAGUAUCUGUGUUCAUCUUAGCAAUGGUAAUAAAUUAUAGAAUCCCACCCUUGUUUGCUCUCCUUUCCUGACCAAAGCUGCGAGGGGCAGUUUGCCUCGAAGGAGCUGUUGGAAAUGUUUCCUGCCUGGUCGAGAAAUUAGCUGCAUGUCGUGCAUUUUUCUUCCUUUUCUUGCCAGGUGUCUUAAAAAAAAAAAAGAAAAAAAAAUCCCAGAGCUCUGAACUUGGUUCUUUGUUUUAUGCUAACGAGGAGCUCUGUGGCUGUGCCGUGGGGCAGUGACCAGGUGCAGGCUGUUAAGGCCAGGUGGAAGUUGGUAAGUUGAUGGAGUUGCAGAUCCAGGACACCUGUGCUGGCUCCUCCCUCCUCCCAGAGCAGCUCCAAGGUG